GUUGCUGUGCAGGACGGGAGAUGGCAACGGAAGCCGAGGAAGCCGCGUUCAAGCAGUGGCUCGAGAGUGAACUCCGCUCCACCCUCAAGAUCGACGAUGCCGUCAUGUUCGAGUACCUGGUUGGCAUCAUUGCACUCGAGUCGAGCGACGAUGAGCGACGCGAGGCUGUCGAGAGCUUCAUCUCAGAACUCACAGAUGUGCCCGUCGAUGCGUUUCUAGAUCAAGUGGUAUCACGCUGGCGUGCCAUUGUCAUCAGCCAGCAAGCAGCAGAGAAGGAUCGACAGGCACUCGAACGCAAAAAAGCACAAGAGAAGGUCGAUGCUAUUUCGCGGGAACAGACCGCGGCGAUCGCUGCAGAAAUGGCCGCAUCACGCAAAGAGAUCUCGCCUGAGGAGCGGAAGCGUCGAGACGCCAUUCUAGAACAAUACGCCUACGAUCACGGCUCUGAUGAAGAAGACUAUGUUCCUGAGGAUGGCGAAACUGAUGACAUUCCUGGAAUUGCCGCCAACAACAAUCAAGCCAUGGUGGCAGACUAUCACUUGCAGCAGCGCAUGCAGGCAAAGGCCGAGCACGAACAAAAGGUUGCUCGCGACAAGGCCCAGCAAGACCGCGAAAAAGCCGAGCGCGAGAAGGUCAAGCAGCGAACACAAAAGCAGGAGCGUCGAAGAAUGUAAAGAGGGGAUCGAAGGGUGAUCUUCAGACGAUGAUGCUGAUGGCUCGAGAAUAAAAGAGCUUUCCGAG